GGAGCCUGCGCAGUGAGGCCGGGUCAGAGUUGGGUGCAGCUCCACCAGAGAAGGAAGCGGAGUUUCCGGCUGUUUGCAGCGGAGGGAGAGGAUUGCUGACGCCGCGAAACCCCGAGAAAAACGCCGCCGGCUCGGGGGGGGCUAACUGUUUCUAGCAUCGGUAGUGGUCGUUUUCUUUCAUAUCGGGGGGACUGGGGGCUGGUGAUUUUUUUGUACGAGCCAAGGGGGUCGGACAGCAAACCGAGCAGAGAAGCGGCGCGAGGUGGGGGUGAGCCACCAACUACCGGCAUGGCCAGGGACUACGAUUACCUCUUCAAGCUGCUCAUCAUCGGUGACAGUGGAGUGGGGAAGAGCAGUCUCCUCCUGCGAUUUGCAGAUAACACAUUUUCAGGUAGCUAUAUCACCACGAUCGGUGUCGACUUUAAGAUCCGAACGGUGGAAAUCAAUGGGGAGAAGGUGAAGCUACAGAUCUGGGAUACAGCAGGGCAGGAGCGCUUCCGCACCAUCACCUCCACAUACUACAGGGGAACACAUGGGGUCAUAGUGGUAUAUGACGUUACGAGUGCCGAGUCCUUCGUCAACGUCAAACGAUGGUUACAUGAAAUCAACCAGAACUGUGACGAUGUGUGCCGAAUAUUGGUGGGAAACAAAAACGACGACCCCAACUCCAAGGUGGUCGAGACGACUGAUGCGCAGAAGUUUGCAGAGCAGAUGGGAAUCAGCCUGUUUGAGACGAGUGCAAAAGAGAACAUCAAUGUUGAAGAGAUGUUCAACUGCAUCACAGAGCUAGUGCUAAGAGCCAAGAAGGAGGUGCUAGCCAAGCAGCAGCAGCAGCAACAGAACGACGUGGUCAAACUCACCAGAAACAGUAAACGAAAGAAAAAGUGCUGCUAGCAAACUCGAAGCCAUCCACAAAGGGCCGGCUGCGUCUUUUCUUCACACAUGCAUACACACAAGAUGGGACUCAGUGCAUCUAAAUUAAAGAGCAGAUAAAGAUUUAAUAAAUAUACAGUGAAAGAUAAAAAAAAAAAUAAAUGGAAAAAAUGUCCCUUUUGGACAAAUUAAUCAAGAAGACUUAAAAAAUGUACAGAUUUUAUUAGACGUCAGAUCAAGUUUUAUUUGGAAUUCAGCAGAUGGGCACUAUUGACCUGAGGUCCUCCUUUCUUUAUGGAUCUGCAAGCUGACAGCUGACCGCCAUAAUGCUCCAAUUUAUAUCCGCAUAAUCCCCAUAUUCUUUCAUCAGUAGCUCAUCUCUCCUUCUCAUUUCACUGCACACAGGACAUUCAGAGUCGAGUCAGACUCUGCGCCUGCAGAGAAGGAACGUUCACCUUGGAUUUAUUUGUUUCUCUCUAGUUUGGGGCGGGGUGGGAGAUUGGGUCGUAUGGUUGGUUGGGAGUAUGGGGUGUUCAUUUUUUUGGUUUUUUGAAACGGGGCGUCUGAGUAAGAGUGGAGGUCUCACCACCUCUACACUUUCCACAUUUCAGACACCUGUGUUACCACAGCUCACGCCAAGAGAUCAUGAACUGUUAGGGUUUGUUUUAUUUGACUUGAUUUGGGGAGGGGAGGGGGAUCACAUGAUGAUGAUGAUGAUGAUGAUGAUGAUUGGUAGAUGACAUUUAGCAACUAAUCCGAUGGACAGAACUGGUGACUUCUCGUUUUGUUUUUCUUUGUCUAUAUUUUGCCAAGCUUCCCAUUCUCUCCCCUCUAACCUCCAGUAGUGUUGAGCCAACGAUAAAUUGAUUUUAUGUUGUUGUUUUUUUUUUUUUUUCAUUUUGUUUUUUAAGUGUGGCAGAGCAGUUGAACCACUCAUUGAGCUCUGGGACGUCAGACUCUGAAAGCACCGUUCACUGCAGUCUUACUAUGCUUUCAGAGUUUGCUUUUAAAUCUUUUCUUGCAUCUUUUUUUCUUUUUUUAACUGAUGAUACUGCCAUUGUUAUAGAGAAAAAUAAGAGCUCAGUGGCGCCUCUUGUUAGAUUGUUGCCAUAACAGCUCCUGGUUGUCCAAGAGGCAGGGUGAAUCAGGGUCUGCUGGGACCCUGCUGAGUCCUCAGGAAGCGCUCAGCGCUGCUCUCCUUCCUUUUCCUUAUUUCCGUCUAUAUUUCUGCAGCUACGGGCCUUCUUUCCUCUCCCCGACGCCCACAUAUCAGCACCUCUCACAGCGACGGUCUCACUUCCUGCAUUUGGUCCACCAAGGGGCACCAGGAGACUCUUACUUUGGAAACAGAUUUCUCAUAGUCAUUGCGGUGACCUCCAGUCCAUAGCAGAGUGUGGUUUUUGAGCAUGUAACACUUUGUUUGAAGGGGUAUGUAAAAGAUAAUGCCUGACACGUAGACUGUCAAGGAUUUACUGUAUUUUCUCAGCUUGCAGAAUAUUCUUAACAGUUGACUAAUGUUAAAAAGUGAUGACAUGUUUUUCUUUGCUUGUCUCUGUCACAACUCCCCACUACCUGUUCAACUGAAGUGUUACCACACAGUGUUUUUGUAUCCAUGAGGAGAGUGCGGCGACCAGUGUGGCUGUUGACGUAAGAACAAAUGGGGAUGAACUGCAGCAGUGGAUCCCAGUGUGUUCAGCCCAGAGCUCCUCUCCCUUUCCAUGUCCAGGGUGUGCCACAGAGGCCGAAGCAUCGUACACUGUCUAUUACUGACAUUUUUCUUCAUCAUUAUUAUUGUCAUUUUUGAAUUGGGAGAGUAAUAAAUGGAGAGCGUUGCAGAUGUCGGCUUAGCUUCUUUAGUUUUCAUCCUCUGGGCAGACUCUGGCAGCCGGUUUGGGAUCCUGAUACAAAAUGAGAGGUCACUUUGACCUUCAGGGCCCAGGAAUGGUAUCAAAUCUCACACUUUAUGAUUUGUAUUCAUUAUGUGUAUGUAUAUAUAUAAAUAUAUUUGUGUGUUUAUAUUCAGUAUAGAACAUACACACAUAAUUAGCACACCUAACUGUGCAUGUGUUAAACAUGCCUCGUGUGCUAUGGUUGAAACACACUCGUCAGCUGUGGUUUGCUGUACACUGGAGAAAAAGAGAUGUACUAUUCAUUUUUCCCGACCUGAAUUUAAUCAGUAAUAAACGUUUUAAAGGAAUAAAUAUUUGCCACAUAAUGACUGAUCUCAUUUGUCAGUGCUUAACUUCAUUUGAAACCUGUGUCUUUUUAUUUUUUGCUUUCUGUGAAUAAAAUUGUAUGGGAGGAA